AUGUAUCGCCAACUGGGUAUGGUGACAAGGACUGGGUACAAGACUAUUGCUGGUUAUCUGACACUGUUGCAGACAUGGAUUUACAAGUACUUCCCAUCCUUCCACCCCCAUCCUCGUCAAGCUGAUAUGCCUAACAAGACUAGGGUAGAGAUUUGGUCCCCACAGAAGCUAAUCCGUGAGCUGAGCAGACUAAUAGACUGUAGGAGUAUACUGGACUCCAUGACAGAGACACAGGUUUUCACCCACGCACCGCCUGAGAGGACAGUCAGACAGCUUGGUUUUGCACAGGCUAUUCCUCCCCCUACGUUGAGAUCCACCCAAGCUCUGCGACUGGCACAGAUUUCCUAUUCAGUGACAUUCGCUUCUCCGUCUAUGUACACGGAGAUGCGGAAGGUUGUCCCUGAGUAUAUCGACUGGUUUAGAGUGUCUUCCCACACAUUUCUCAUCCCCGGUGAAGGACCUACUACUGCGUUUUGUGCAGCGGAUAACAGAGUUGAAUACUUUGCAGCUGAAUUUCCAACUCGACUCGCGCCAUUGCUCAGGAUGUAUUACGCGUUGUGUUUGAUUCACUAA